CGGCUAGAACUAGAAUCUCUCGUUACCACAGUAACUCUAAAAAUCGUUUAUUUCUUUUCUCUCAGGCGCUCACGGGACACCUAACCUGAUGCAAUAUGGCAACAAUCAACGCACCGGUUAUUUAUAAAACGCGUUUAUUAAGUCAUGCCUAAAGUAAAAAGAAGCAGAAAGCCACCACCAGACGGCUGGGAGCUGAUUGAGCCUACUCUUGAUGAAUUAGAUCAGAAAAUGAGGGAAGCUGAAACCGAGCCUCAUGAGGGUAAACGGAAAGUCGAGUCCCUUUGGCCAAUAUUCAGACUGCAUCACCAGCGAAGCCGCUACAUUUUCGACCUGUUUUACAAGAGAAAAGCAAUCAGCAGAGAGCUCUAUGAUUACUGUAUAAGGGAAGGCUAUGCUGACAAGAAUCUUAUUGCAAAGUGGAAGAAGCAGGGUUACGAAAAUCUGUGCUGCCUUCGCUGCAUUCAGACACGAGACACCAACUUUGGAACAAAUUGCAUAUGCAGAGUGCCUAAAGGCAAACUGGAAGUGGGUCGUAUCAUUGAGUGCACUCACUGUGGAUGCAGAGGAUGUUCCGGAUGAUCCAGUAAUAGACCUGCUGUUGGGACUCAUUAUAUCUAUACCUGUGUGCUUUUAUGUUUUGUUGGCGAAUAUUAUUUCAUUACAGAUAUUGUCUUUCUUUAUUGUGUGAAAAUUCAGUUUUCAUUAAACUUUAUGCCAUCUUUAA